AUGGACAAGUCAGGAGUAUCAAGGCUAAAUGUGGUAUUAAUUUUAUGGAUUUCAACAAUGCCAAUGUGGAGGUGUUACCCUAUUGUCCCUUCUAUGCUCCCUGGGAAAUCUGAUUACUGUCUCCUCCUGCUGAAUAGCUGCCUAACCAAGAUGGACAGGUCUGAAGAACUGGCAUUGAUAAAGCCUUUACUCGAGAAAUCAUACAUUAAAAGGUCCUUUCGGAAUGGAGUUGGAUCAGGAAUUAAAAAAACAUCCUUUCGAAGAGCCAGGUUAUAAGCAAUUCCCAAAGGGAAUGCCCAUGAAUCAAAACAUACAUGAUCUAGCCAAAUAUGCUUAAAAUUAUUUGCUGUUCAUUUCUGACGAUGAGUCGAACCAAUAGAGACAAAUGUAUUGGUGUGUUCAUAAUGUAAACAGAUGUUUAUUUGAAAUAGUGCAAGCCAAUGAAGCAAACGUGAUUGUUCCAAGCAGGUAUUUUUUUCAAAAUUAUAGCACCACCACAUUUUGGGCAUUGAUAUAAAAUGGGUUUUUAGUUUAAUUCCAUCUGGUAUAAACAUUGUGCCUUAACACAAAAUGAAGGCACGUGUUUUGACAUGUCCAUUUGGUAACA